UCAUUCUAAUAUAAACAUAGAAAAGAUAAAUCCUUAGUUCUUGAAUAACAUCAGAAGCAGAGUAAGCUAUGGCGUCCGAUGGUUCGGUUCAGAAAUCGGAGGAAGAAUGGAGGGCAAUUCUCUCUCCUGAACAAUUUCGGAUCCUCCGCCAGAAAGGAACAGAAGCCAGAGGUACAGGGGAAUAUGAUAAGUUUUAUGAUGAUGGAAUCUAUAACUGUGCUGGAUGCGAUACUCCACUGUAUAAAUCGAGUACAAAAUUCAACUCCGGCUGUGGAUGGCCUGCUUUCUUUGAGGGUCUUCCUGGAGCAAUUGUAAGAACGGCGGAUCCUGAUGGGAGAAGGACUGAGAUCACUUGUGCUGCUUGUGGAGGACAUUUGGGGCAUGUCUUCAAAGGAGAAGGGUUCAAGAACCCGAUUGAUGAACGUCAUUGUGUCAACAGUGUCUCUGUGAAGUUUCUUCCUGCUGUUUGAGUAUUAAUGGAGUCAAUGUUAUGAUAUAUGUUGAAUAAAUGAACUCUUCUACUUCUCUUGUUGAGAAGAAAUUACUUACUUAAAGAGCUUUAAUGGCUUAACAUGAACAAAAGGAAAAGAAUUAUGAUCAUAUGGUUGCUUGUCAUCCCCCUUUCUGUCUC